AUGGCGAGAUGGAAUUCUACGCAUCAAGCGUUAUCUCGUUUGCAUGCCCUAUUGAUAUACUUAGACGCUUCACUGAACCUCUUCACCAUCUUCACUGCGGGUCCCGGAAUCUCCUUCACUCGUUUCGUUUCCUCGUCAUUGCCAUCUAAGAUGAUCUCAAGUUUCGCGAGUGACGUUGGCGAGGUCCUUGAGCCGCAUCCAGCUGAGCUCUCAGCUGGUCUAUCUGAGAUGACGGUGGUUCAGUUGUUUGGAAUAUGCCACGUGUUUUAG